AAGGGAGGGCAUCAUCCCACCGGACGCUCCGGCCGGCGUUUGCUCCUCGUAGCCCAUGAGGAUAUCUCGCUUGGGAUACGCCGCCACAAGGAGCUACCGGAGAGGCCCUUCGUCCCUGACCGUCCUUGCGCUUGUGAGGCGGCACCGCAGCGCCGUGACCCUCUGAUGACCUCAGGGACAGCGCCGGCGGCGGCACUGACCGGACCUUUGUGCGCAGGAGGCGUCCAGGCGCCCCCCGGGCCGGCAUCCGGCGCCGAGACCAGCUCUUGCAGCUUGAGCAAAUACAAGCAGAUAGAACUCAUGUCAAGACCUUCUCCUCGUCAGACAGCUUAGCGAAGGUGCAGGAGGUAGCAAGCUGGCUUUUGGAAAUGAACCAGGAUCUGCUGUCGGGGGGCAGCAGCAGCAGGCGGAGUCGGGGCUCCGGGGCGCCGGCGACGAGAGGUAACGCCUCCUCCUCCGCCGCUCGGGCACCCCAGCAGCCGGCAGAGGAGGCCGACGAGGAUGAGCACAUGAACCGGGUGCUCGAGGACGAGGAGCGGCCGCGCCAACAGCCCGAGACCUCGCAGGAGGACGUGGACAGAGGACCGCAAUGGGCGCCCGGCGACUCUGCCCCCGGCGACGACCCCCCGGAGGACGGCGGGGGAGGCCAGGAUGCUCCCCCCGGCAAGGUGAACCGGGCCGAGAAAGGACCCCGCUGGACGUGGAGGGCCGAGCAGAGGCAGCGCACUCAGGAGGAUGAGGAGGAGGGGGACGAGGAGGAGGAAGAGGAAGAGGAGGAGAACAAUAACAGCAGUAGCGGUCACCAGGUGGAGGAGGAAGAGGAGAGGACAGAGGGGGGGCAGGAGCAGAGGAGGACGAGGGAGGAGGAAGAGGAGGACGAGGAGGAGAUGGACCAGGACAGCGACGACUUUGAGCACUCGGCGGAGAGCGAGCGCGAAGAGGAGGAGGAAGAGGAGGACGAGGAAGAAGGGCUGAUGUCUCCCUCCAUCAGGAACAAUGCGACCGUCGCCACCAACAAUGUGGACUCACACCAAAGCUCCUCCCACAAGAAGAUGAAGAGAAAGUUGGACCAUGGCCCCGAGGUCCGAUCUUUCCCUUCAGGAAAAAAGCCCUGCAAAGGUCCCGAGUACCCAAGCCCAACAGGAAUCGUGCCGUGCCCGGCCACGCCCACCACCUUCGGCCACAUCCGGGCGGCCAACAGUCAGGGCCAGCAGAGACGGCGCAUCACUACCAUCCCGCCCCCCUCGGGGCUCCACGAAUGGCUCCGGACCUUUCAGAGCUGGUCCGGCCCCGAGAAGCUGCUGGCGCUGGACGAGUUGAUUGACAUCUGCGAACCCACGCAGGUCAAGCAUAUGAUGCAGGUCAUCGAGCCGCAGUUCCAACGCGACUUCAUCUCCCUGCUGCCCAAAGAGCUGGCGUUGUACGUGCUGUCGUUCCUGGAGCCCAAGGACCUCCUCCAAGCCGCCCAGACGUGUCGCUACUGGCGCAUUCUCGCAGAGGACAACUUGCUUUGGAGGGAAAAAUGCCGGGAAGAAGGCAUCGAUGAGCCUUUGCCUCUCAAGAAGAGGAAAGUCGUCAAGCCCGGCUUCACUCACAGCCCCUGGAAGAGUGCCUACAUCAGGCAGCACAGAAUAGACACUAACUGGAGGAGAGGGAACCUCAAAUCACCCAAGGUGCUGAAAGGUCACGACGACCACGUGAUCACCUGCCUCCAAUUCUGCGGCAACCGAAUCGUCAGCGGCUCUGACGACAACACGCUCAAAGUCUGGUCGGCCAUCACGGGGAAGUGUCUGAGGACGUUGGUGGGCCACACGGGCGGCGUGUGGUCGUCGCAAAUGCGAGACAACAUCAUCAUCAGCGGCUCCACCGACCGCACGCUCAAGGUCUGGAAUGCGGAGACGGGAGAAUGUAUCCACACCCUCUACGGGCAUACCUCAACAGUGCGCUGCAUGCAUCUGCACGAGAAAAGGGUGGUGAGCGGCUCUCGGGACGCCACGCUGCGUGUAUGGGACAUCGAGACGGGCCAGUGUUUACACGUCCUCAUGGGCCACGUGGCGGCCGUGCGCUGCGUCCAGUACGACGGCCGGCGGGUGGUCAGCGGCGCUUACGACUUCAUGGUCAAAGUGUGGGACCCCGAGACGGAGACGUGCCUCCACACGCUGCAGGGUCACACCAACCGGGUGUACUCGCUACAGUUCGACGGGAUCCACGUGGUGAGCGGCUCGCUGGACACGUCCAUCCGAGUGUGGGACGUGGAGACGGGCAACUGCAUCCACACGCUGACGGGCCACCAGUCGCUCACCAGCGGCAUGGAGCUCAAAGACAACAUCCUGGUGUCGGGCAACGCCGACUCCACCGUCAAGAUCUGGGACAUCAAGACGGGCCAGUGUCUGCAAACGUUGCAAGGUCCGCACAAGCACCAGAGCGCCGUCACGUGCCUGCAGUUCAACAAGAACUUUGUGAUCACCAGCUCGGACGACGGCACGGUCAAGCUGUGGGACUUGAAGACGGGCGAGUUCAUCCGCAACCUGGUGACGCUGGAGAGCGGCGGUAGCGGCGGCGUGGUGUGGCGCAUACGGGCCUCCAACACCAAGUUGGUGUGCGCCGUGGGCAGCCGCAACGGCACAGAGGAGACCAAGCUGCUCGUGCUCGACUUUGACGUGGACAUGAAGUGAAUGCGCGCUUGUUACAGGGGGGGUGGGGGCGGGGAAACAGGAGGCGCCACCCCGAUCGCAAGGGCCGAUUGUUGCCAUGUACAGAGAAGCACCUCCGAGAACCCGAGGAAGAUCUCCGUUGGAAUUUCAACCCAUCCUGUUUCGCUCACUCGUUCCUGUUCUGAACCUCAACGUCAUCAACUGUGAAUUCAAUCCCCCCUCCACCCCCACCUUCCUGUUGCUAUCAGCAACGAAUUCCAGUAUUAGGACACCCUCACCCCUUCUCAUUGUUUGUCGGGGAAAAAAACAGGAUCACUAGCAACGCAAGUGUUAUCAAUCAAUCUUGUUUUCCAGCCUUCCUUGGCGUUGAGUUGAAAAAACAGGAACAGGUGCCCACCUACCAACCUCCCACAGGAACAUCAACGCUGUCCAGUUUUUCCAGAGUGUUUUGGGUCAAGCUUGGUGCUCUGCUCCAGUCUUCGUUGGAUUCUGCGGCCCACCAACCACCUAUCAAGUCUCCACAUAUAAAAACAGUAACAGGAACGCCAAUGCUGUCCAGAGGCAGACCUCUUUGAGUUUGGAGUUGAAAAAACGGGAACAGGAACGUCAUUGCUGUCUGUGAUCUGAGUUUUUUCCAGCCCAGCUGGUGCGUUGUUAAAAUCUUCCAAAUUUAGGAAUUCUGCUGGCCCCCUUUCCUUGCCUACCAACCUCACACAUACAGGAAAAGGAACAAGAACAUGAGUAUGUUGCUCCUCAGUCCAGCUGUGUGUGUUCCAUCUUCCCGACUUUUCGCCAACUCUUCUUGGUAUCAGGAAUGUCAAUGCUGUCAGGGGUGACGUCUGCUUCCCUCCAUGCCCUCUACCGGGCUGGAAAGACAGGAACGAGAACACCAGUGCUGUCCGGAUCGUUUCAGUCCAGCCGGGGUGUGUGGAAUUCUGCUGAAGCAAGCCCCCACCCUUCGCCCACAUCUCAAUGGAGGGGAAAACUCAAUUCGAUUAUUCUUGAGUCCAUCUGGGGAUGCGUUCGGAGGCCACCUAUCGCUCCAGGAACAAGAACGGCAUCGCUGCUGUUUAAUUCAGUCCACCUGGUGGGUGAUGUGGCUGCUUUCUUCUGACACAAACAUGCUGUCCAGCUGGUGCCAUCCGCCAUGUCUCCAAGAAAAAAAAAACGGAAAGUCAAAGCUGUCCUCAGUUUUUCAGUCCAGCGGUGGAGCACUUACGAGGCUAGCGUGCACCUCCGACUCCUCGCAAAGACCACCGCCACCUGCCACCUCCCAGCCUGUGGCCAAACUGUACUAAUGCUGCUAGAUGAAUCGGCGGGACGGAAAUAGUCACUUUUUUUUUUUUUUUUUUUUGCUGUGACGUUUUAGUCCCAGGCGAAAUUCCAAAUUGAACACUUGUGUUUUUGAGAGGGGAGAAAAGAAGACAACAAAAUAGCAAACAUCCUACUUUUUUUUUUUUCUUUUUUUUUUUUGCCUCUGAAACUUGAGCCAAACGUGCCUCUACGAGGCGGAGAGGACGGGUUCGCCUGCCAAGAAAAAAAGAAGGAAGCAUGAGUGUUAGCGUGCUAGCGGACAACUUGUGAACACAUUCCUCGGGAAAAAACGGCGGGAAUGUAUUAAUGCUGCGUGGACAAAAAAAAAAACACUUUACAGGAUUUCAGUGGACAAGAACAAACAAACAAAAAACGUCCUGGCGUGUGAUUGGUUGUCGUCCGUAGAGGGCCCGCCCACCUGUAAAGUUUUAAGUGUUACACAUGGUGGGCAAGAAAAAAAAAAGGAAAAAAAAGGUGAACCUUGUAGCCAAAACUUCUCUCCAAAAGUCACAAGCUGAACUGUGAAAGUGGUUGUAACACUGUAUAGUAAACAAAAACAAACAACAAAACAAAACAAUCUUGCUCUUUCUCCUCAUUUUUCUCCCGCUGUUUAAUUUAUGGUCUGGUUUGAUGAGCCAGAUGUUUUUUUUGCUUUUUUAAAAAGUCUUUUUUUCAGUUCAGUUUGUGUUAAACUGCCUGGCGAAAAAAGACUAGACAGACAGAAAAAAAAACCUUAAAGGGAUUUUUGUGAUUUGUUUCAUUCACCUAGAAUUUUAUUUUCUUAUAACUUAAAGUGCAAUAAAAUGUGGGUUUAUUUUACUUUUUUUUUUCUUUUUUCAUUUCAAGCAGAAAUCCAUUGUCUGUUUUGUUACCUUGUGUGAAGGAAUCUUCUAUGUUGAAUAAAGCAAAUUAUUUGGGUAAA